AAUAAUUAUUUGAUGUUGACAGUUGACAAUUGGGAGUAGAAUCAGUUUUUGUGUUGGGAAAUUUUGUGUGUUAAAAUUUAACAAGUCAUUAUAGCCACAAAUAUGGCUGACGAUGUUCCGGUAGAUAGUGGAAAAAUAGAGAAUGAAAAGCAGGAGGACAAACCCAAAGAUGAAGAAAGUGCACAGCUAAAAAAGGAAAUAACCAUUCAUGUUAAAACACCAAAGGAGAAGGAGUCCUUUAAAGUGUUUGAGGGUCUAAAUGUUAAAGAAUUCAAAGAUCUUAUAAGCCCAAAAUUUAACGCAGAGCCAGAGCAGCUAUGCCUAAUUUUUGCGGGCAAGAUCAUGAAAGAUGCAGACACUCUUUUGGCUCAUAACGUUAAGGAUGGGUUAACAAUACACUUGGUAAUUAGAGCAGCUCCUCUUGCACCUGAAAACACACCACAACGCCCCCCAGCUGAUGUUAGUGCAACACCAUUUGGAGUAGGAGGACUGGGAGGGCUUGCUGGUUUGGAAUCUCUUGGUCUAGGUUCAACUAACUUUAUGGAAAUUCAAAAUCGCAUGCAGUCAGAAUUGCUGUCAAAUCCGGAUUUGAUUAGAACAUUGCUCGAUAAUCCAUUAGUCCAAAGACUAAUGAAUGACCCAGAGAAUAUGAGAGCACUAGUAACGCGCAAUCCUCAAAUGCAAGAUUUAAUGGAACGAAAUCCCGAAAUCAGUCACAUGCUCAAUAAUCCCGAAUUAUUGCGCCAGACUAUGGAAUUGGCUAGGAAUCCAUCUAUGCUGCAAGAGUUAAUGCGCAGUCACGAUAGGGCUAUGAGUAAUUUGGAAAGCAUUCCAGGAGGUUAUAACGCUUUGCACCGGAUGUACAGGGAUAUUCAGGAGCCUAUGCUAUCUGCUGCAACCGAACAGUUUAGUCAGAAUCCAUUUUCUGGGCUUGUGGAUGGCACUCAAAUCAAUAAUCCACAGCAAGGAACAGAAAACCGAGAACCUUUACCUAAUCCAUGGAACAGAAAUGCGUCGACUGGUAGCACACCUAACCCAACAACUCCGGGCCGGAAUGUAAUGAAUAGUCCACCGAUGGCCAGCUUGCUGCAGCAAAUGUCAGAAAAUCCUGGCUUGAUCCAGAAUAUGUUAUCGGCUCCCUAUACACAGUCCGUACUGGAAGCAUUGGCUGCCGAUCCGAAUAUGGCGAACGCUUUAAUGGCGGAUAAUCCGUUGCUGUCUAGAAACCCCCAGUUACAAGAGCAGAUGCGUACCAUGAUGCCUCAAUUUUUGCAGCAACUUCAGAAUCCGGAGAUGCAGAAUUUAAUGACCAAUCCGCAAGCUCUUAACGCCAUUAUGCAGAUCCAACAAGGAAUGGAGACUCUGAGACAGACGGCUCCGUCUCUGAUAAAUACAUUCGUGCCCCCCAUGGUACCGACCACUUCGACACCUACCACAACAAACGAUAACCCUACAAAUACUACGGCGACAGCAACCACAAGCACUGGAGCCCCAGGCACCACGACCACCUCUACAGCUGCAGGAACUAGAUCAGCCACCGAUCCAUUUUCAGAGUUUAUGGCUCGGAUGGUGGCAGGAAUGGCAACGAACGCGACCGAUAGGUCCAUUCCUCCGGAAGAGCGUUACCAGCAGCAACUGGAGCAAUUGACUUCGAUGGGAUUCUUGAACCGCGAAGCCAAUCUACAGGCCUUAAUAUCGACAUUCGGGGAUAUAAACGCGGCCGUCGAGAAACUACUCGCUCUAGGGUAAUAGGUGUUGAUAGUUUCCAUUAUUAAAUUACCCGAAUCUGAUUUUGCAUAUUACACGAAUAUUUACCUAACAAUGGUGCUUUGGAUACCAGAGAGCAGAAAAAAAUAUUAUUUUCAUCGUUUCAAAUUU